UGUAACAGUAGUAUGAACUUUUUCGUACGUUUCUUCUCGCAAACCAAAAAAACCUUAAACGUUUAUGAAAUUGGAUCAAAAUCGAGAAUCCCUUCGCAAUGCUCUGAUUCCUCUGUGAUGAUGAGUUCUUCGUAAGAGAGUAGAAGCGAAGACGAAUCAAAUGAUGGCUCGAGAUAUGAACUAUCGAAGGUUUGAUUUUUGAUGGAGAACCGUGCUUCGAGAUCGUCACUCUUUGAUGGCCUUGAUGGACUAGAAGAAGGUAGAUUGAGAGCUUCGUCUUCGUAUCCUCAUGACGAACGUGACAACGAUGAAGCUUUGGAGAAUCUUCAGGACAGAGUUUCGUUUCUUAAGAGAGUGACUGGAGAUAUACAUGAAGAAGUUGAGAGUCAUAACCGCUUGCUUGACAAAGUGGGGAACAAAAUGGAUUCCGCGAGGGGAGUAAUGUCUGGAACGAUCAACCGUUUCAAGUUGGUCUUUGAGAAGAAGUCUAAUCGAAAAAGUUGCAAACUCAUUGCGUAUUUUGUACUCCUGUUCUUGGUCAUGUAUUACCUUAUUAGGCUAUUAAACUAUAUCAAAGGGUGAAAUUUGGAUGCAAGAAAAAAGGCAGUUUUACAUGAGAAUACUUGUUUGGUCUGGGAAUCCAGAAUAAUUUACACUUCCUUUUUUGGGUUGCUCCUGAUGAAUGAAUGAUGCAGACAGUGAACCAAAGUCAAGGGACCCAUAUUGAAAACAAGACAAAGAAAGAGAUUGUGAAGAGACUACUGAACUAACCGAAAGAAAAAGAAAAAAAUGUUAGAUAGAGACUUUUUUGUCUGAUGCAAAAUCAUCUCAUGUCAUUUCAUGUGUAAUGUAGCAAAAGCUUCUUUAUGAUUUGUCAACUAUUUGUUCGCAAACAAACAAGGUCUUGGAUCGUGUUAGCAAUUUUGUCUACAAAAAAGCUUAAUUGAUUGAUAAGCUUAAUUAUUA